AUGUGCAGCAUGUCUUCCUUGUCGCAUCUCUAUCCGCACAACCUCACAAUGUCCAAAGAAUUCAUCUCCGACUCGACGCAGAAGCGAAAGCGAAAGCAUAGCAAUAAGCCUGCCCUGAUGUCUGGCGCGCUACCAUCACCCGAGGCCGACGAGGCGGAGGACCAAGAGGUUGAGGCGCAGGCGAGGAAGAAAGCGAAGAAGGAGCAUAAAAAGCGCAAGCAGGUGGAUGUGGCGGAGGAGGAUGAUAAACCUGAGGUGCAGUCGUCGAAGGCGCCGAAGGCGAACAAGGUGAAGGCGGAGGUGGGGGCGGAAACGAAUGGUGUGGAGGUGGAUGAGAGGGAAGAGCCGAAGAAGAAGAAGUCGAAGAAGGAUAAGAAGGACAAGAAAGAGCGCAGGAAGGAGAAAGAGCAGGUCGAAGAAGAAGAGCCGCAAGAAGCACACGAAGAAGAGAUUGGCGCCGAAGAGCAGGUCAAUCAGGAACUGAAAGAUGCGGCUGCUGGCGCGGAGGCGGAAGUAGUAGAAGACGACUUCACAGGCUUCGAGUCUGAGAAUGAAGAUGGCGGCGACGAUGUGAAAGUCAACGGCGACGCCGAAGAGCAAGACGACGAGAAGGAUGAUGCCGCAGAAACACACACCAAUGGCGACCUGGGCGCACCUUCCGACCUACCCUCAGCGUUGGGCGUCUCUCUGCCAGAAACGAAAGCCGAACCGCAAAAGUUCACCGAGCUGAACCUCUCCGAGCGAACGAUGAAGGCCAUCACCGACAUGCCAUUCGACACCAUGACCGAGAUCCAGCGACGAGGUAUUCCACCGCUUUUAGCUGGCAGAGACGUGCUUGGAGCGGCCAAAACGGGCUCUGGAAAGACGUUGGCAUUCUUGAUACCCGCAGUGGAAAUGCUGCACUCGCUGCGUUUCAAGCCGCGAAAUGGCACUGGUGUGAUUGUGGUGUCGCCUACGAGAGAGCUUGCGCUGCAGAUCUUUGGUGUGGCACGAGAGUUGAUGGAGCAUCACUCGCAGACGUUUGGCAUUGUCAUUGGUGGUGCGAAUCGAAGAGCAGAGGCUGAGAAGCUCGCGAAGGGUGUGAAUUUGCUCAUUGCGACACCUGGACGGCUACUUGAUCAUUUGCAGAACACACAAGGGUUCGUGUUCAAGAACGUCAAGGCACUUGUCAUCGAUGAGGCGGACCGCAUCCUGGAGGUUGGGUUCGAAGAUGAGAUGCGCCAGAUUGUGAAGAUUCUGCCCAAAGAAGAUCGACAGACAAUGCUUUUCUCUGCGACACAGACUACGAAGGUCGAGGAUCUGGCACGGAUAUCGUUACGACCGGGACCACUUUUCAUCAACGUCGACCACGCAGAAGAGCACAGUACCGUGGCCGGACUCGAGCAGGGAUAUGUCAUGUGCGACUCCGACAUGCGAUUCCGUCUCCUCUUCACCUUUUUGAAACGCCACCCGAACAAGAAGAUCAUCGUCUUCUUUAGCAGUUGCAACUGCGUCAAGUACUACUCGGAACUCCUCAACUACAUCGACCUACCAGUACUCGAUUUACACGGCAAGCAGAAACAACAAAAGCGCACCAACACAUUCUUCGAAUUCUGCAACGCGAAGCACGGCACCCUGAUCUGCACAGACGUCGCAGCACGAGGUCUUGACAUUCCCGCCGUGGACUGGAUCGUGCAGUUCGACCCACCUGAUGACCCGCGAGACUAUAUCCACCGUGUCGGACGAACAGCACGGGGCGCCAAUGCGAAGGGCAAGUCGUUGAUGUUCCUCCAGCCGAGCGAGGUUGGGUUCUUGAAUCAUUUGAAGGAAGCCAAGGUCCCGCUGGUGGAGUUCGAGAUCCCGCCGAAGAAGAUUUUGGAUAUUCAGAGUCAGCUCGAGAUGUUGAUUGGCAAGAACUACUAUCUCAACAAGUCCGCCAAAGAUGGCUACCGCUCAUACCUCCAAGCCUACGCAUCACAUUCUCUCCGCUCCGUCUUCAAUAUCUACAGCCUCGAUCUGAAGAAGGUCGCGAAGGGAUUUGGGUUUGCCGUGCCGCCGAAGGUCGAUAUUAACCUGGGAGCAAGCAUGAAGAAGCCGGAUCAGGCGAGGAGGGCGUAUGGAAGUCAGCCGAAGCAGAAGUUUAGUCAGGGGAAGAGGAGGCAGUGA